CUCUCGAGAUUUGUGCAUUGAAAUGUUGAAAGAAAAAAUGAAAUACUUGUGUCUAGUUAUAUGUUUAAUCUGGUUAGCUCAGGCCAAUGCAUCCACGGGCGAUUUGCCCACAUUUACGGGCGUUUGUGCCCUGCAGGGCGAUUGGUGCUCCACCAGAUGCCAAAUAGCUGGCGGACGUGACGGCAUUUGCAACAAGGUGCAGCUAUGUGUGUGUAGGCCACUCUAGCGUGCAUUUGAUUAGAAACGACUAUCAACAAGGAGCUUAAAGAAAACUUUGAUAUAUUUACAAUUGCGUAUGGUUCUAAGGGCAUGCGGUUGGCUAGAGCUACGAUGAAAUAAAAUU